GUCUGGUGCCUGGGUACUAUACCUACGCCUACCUUCUCCUACCUACACCUGCUCAGCCACACGAAGGCUGGAGAGGAAAACAAAAAGAGCCCAGGGCUCGAAUCCGGUGAUCUCCCGUUCCAUGUGCUCUGGGUGAUGGGGCAGGAGAUAUAAUGUCUUUGACUCUUCCCCUUGUUUAUGGACUGGAACCCACUCUUUAUCUCUUUUGUCUUUUGAUUCCCUAACCACCUGAACCAACCUAUGCCUCGUAUGUUCUGCUCCUUUCUCUAUCAGGCGCGGUGAACCCAUGACUUCUACCACAUGUCGCCCGGGACUGAACAACAAGAGUUGGUUGCUUUCACGCUCACCCCCGUUGUCCUUGUUGCGACAACGCCGCUGUCUACACAAAGAGAUCGGAUGCCACGCCUAUUGUCCCCACUGCUCUACGAUGCCGGUGCGUGUUCUUUGUCUGUGAGGGCAGGUUUCAGUUGCGAGUCUGCCCCCGGCAAGUAUAUCUGGCCGCCCUACGGCCCUUCGGCUAGAAAAAAUCAGCAUCAUAUUUGGAUUACCUACCUGUCAUAGAGUAAUUUCCCACCCAGUACACGGCAGGUCGGAGAGAGAGUCUCUGCUAAUCAUGUGCCAUAUCAGAGAAACUAUCGAAGUCCUUCCGGGGGGGAUUAGGCGCAUCGAGCGCAAGGUGAAGCGCUGUCCCCGAGGCUGGAUCAGACUCUGCCGCAAAGAAACGCGGACCAGUAUCGAACGAGAUUGCCGCGAGGUGCCAGUAAACACGACUAUGAGGGGCCUAGACGACCCGCACGGUAUGCCGAGGCCACUCACCCGCAGACGUAGUGGAAGCUUCAAAUUUCGGUUUCCCUUUCUCCGACGGCAGCCGGACUCGUCGGACGAUGAACUGAGGCGGCCGCUGCCACUCCGGCGGCCGCGCGGCCGGCCC